UAGACGCUGAAAAAGGGAGAAAGUCACCGCGAAAGAAGAAAAUGUCAUUUUCUUCAAAACCAGAGGAGAGAAAUGACGAGUCUUCAAAAGUUUUAAUAAAUACUGCAACUCAAGAUAGUAAUCCUUCGGUUCGAAGAGUAGAUGAUGAUUCGCCUCCUUCAGGUUGCUGUCAAUGUUGUAAGAAAAAGAAGAAAAAACGGAAGAAAAGUACAAAACGCAAAAAGUGAUGAUGAUAUUAAUUUAUCUGAACUAGAGUAUAUAGCUUCACAUCUUGAUCCUUUUGAGUGCCGACGACUCGUUGCUGCUCUACACUAUUCCUCUCAGGAUUUGCCAAAAAGUUUAUCAGGAGCUGAACGUAAAGUAAAUGAAGAAAUUCCUUGCCUUCGACAAUUGCUUCAUUGGAAUAUGUCAACGAACGAAGGAAAAGGUAAAACGCACGAGGAACUCGAACGUCGCCUACGACAAAUGAAUAGAAAUGAUCUUGCCGAAUGGUUGGGAAAAGAAACGUUUAAACAACUUGGAAAAGAUCUUGGAAGAGCUCUUGACCAUCCGUUUGGUGAAUUUGACGAGGAACAAAUCGAAAUCACAGAAAAUACAAAACCUAAAAAAUAUGGUGAAGAAAUACAAAGAAUAAGUACUGUAGAAUCUACUGAAAAUAAUUACGAAAGUGAAGAUUUUGAAAUUUGAGAUUAAAAUUAUAAAAAAAAUAAAAUGAUAAAUUGCGUUGAUUUUUAAAAAAAUUGAACAUGAUCCCCACAAAGAAAUUUAAGUCGAAAAUCUUCAAAGGGCUAUUGAAAAUAAAUUGAGUUGUUUUCAUGUGAGGUUUUCUCGGAAAAAAAUGUAACACACAGGGGAAAACAAUGGAUAAGCUCCUGUGAGACCUUGACAAAAAAGAAUAAUAGCCUAGAUUUUUUUCAAUUAAAAAAAGAACACGGCAAGAACAAGCUCACUAUAUGGUACCUAUAUGAAUUGAAAAUGAAAGCGAGGAAUUAUUGUGCGCGCGCGAUAAUUAAUUUUAAUUAUUGUACUCGUUAUAUGACGUGUUUUAUUUUAGCUUCAACUCAUGUUCACGGCAAAUAGUGUAUAUAUAUAUAGUUCUACUAUUGGUUUAUUUAUACGGAAGCUCUUUGAACAAACAAGGGGGAAAUGAAAUUUUUCGCAUACCUAUACUUUCUUUUGUCCAGAUCCGUAUAUAUACAUACAUUGACGUUCCGCGUUGCAUCGCAAUGGAACAAAUUGCCGGUCGUUGGCUCAUAAUACUAUUCCUACAAUGUCCGGUCGCAUAGACGUACCGGAAAUCAUACAAUUCUCAUCUUCUUUUCUUUCUUUCUCUUUUUCUUCAUUUCUGAAUUUUAGAAUUCAAAUAUAAAAGACGAUAAAAAUCAAAUAACUUCAAGUUCCACACCAAUUUUCACAUGAAAUUUGAAAAUAAAAAAUUUGUUUUCAUUUAAUUAAUAAUUUUAUUAA